AAUGUUUUUUGCUCCCUAUGACUUUGAUAUAGAAAAUAAGAUCUGGAAGAAUCAUGCAGGAGGAGAGGAGAUGAAUAAGAUGAAGACUGUAAGGAAGAUUAAAGGUGUAACAGCGUGUUCAAUGAUAAAAAAGAUCGUAAAGCUGGCCUGGUUCAUCCUCUGCCUUGUUCUUCUCAUAAAACAGAUAAUCUAUUGCGUGGAAACCUACAUGUCUGAACCUGCCAAUACUAAUAUAUACAUUGCUAAAUUCAGUAAAGAGACUGAACCAGUUUUCACCGUCUGCUCCAAUAUAUUGAAUAAGAUUGGAAAACCCCAGGAGUACAAUGAAACAGUUCUCAUCAACUAUGGGCUAACAUAUGAACAAUAUAAGGGUGAUAACACUCAAAGACCUGAUUUAAAUGCUACAGCUGAAACUAUUUAUGAAGCAGCUGUUUGGAAACUAGAAGAUAUCGUCCAAGCAUUCUGGUUUGAAGAUGUAUACGGAAACACAAUUUCAACUAGGCCAAGUAUGGGAAACUGGAGUUCUUUUUGGACAUCUGUAAAUCCAAAUGAAUAUUCAGGAAGAUGUUAUACACUAGACCUCGCUAACAGAAAACUAGACAACGGAAUUAAACGUCUUGGAUUGAUCGGAGUGACCGGCUCUAUGUAUGUUCUUGUUCAUGAGCGGGGACAAACAAGUGAUCCUGAAUUAUCUUCAAAAGUUGACGUGUUCAAAGAUUACGAAAAUACGUUCACCGCUUCAAUUGAAAUAAUAAAGCUUCGAGAUAGAAAACUCUCACCUUGUACUGUAGGAAACUAUGACCAGGCGAUUUAUAAAAAUGUGAAGGAAAAAAUGAUGAAGAAGGUUGGAUGUUUGGUUCCGUAUAUUCCCCGGAACCCGGAGGAGAGGAUAUGCGAAACCCGGAACAGGACAAGAGAGGUUGGUGUCAUCUACUCAAAUGAGCUGAUAAAAGCAGGCAUUUUGACCAGAGAAAUCCCUCCCCCGUGUCAACAGAUAAAAUCGCUAGUGGUUUUGAAGAAAUAUGAAAUAUUCUCCGGAGGAAGUGCAAUAUUUGAACUCCAGUCUACAGUCCGUAUCAUUGAACAACAAGAGGCAUUCGGGAUUUUUGACUUCUUUGCUGCAACAGGUGGAUAUAUUGGACUACUACUUGGAUACUCAGCUCUGCAUAUAACUGCAAUAAUGGAUAUCAACUGCAGUUCUCUAAAAAGCAUGUUUAGUAUUGAAUGAAAACUGACCAAAGAGGAUAUGGAUGAAUGGAGCCAACAUAUAUUUUACUAAAUGUCGUCUUAGUGUUUGAAUAUUAUAUUUUGAUCCUAUAUAAUUGUAAACAGAGUGAAUAAAAUGUUUCCAAAUUUUU